AUGGCAUCAAGACAAAACCUUCGUCACACUCUCCGCUACACCCUCAAUUUUCGUAACCUGCGAGAUGUAUCACAACUGGCUCAACUGGAACAGAACAUGCUCGAACGAAGCUUUGACGCGACACCUCACAACUUCGCAGUUAAGAGCAUGGGGAGAAUUUACAUGAGAUGGCUUCUUCACCAAGAUUUUACGAUAAAAAAGCGUCUCCAAAGCAAGGUCGUCGAGCAAUGGGUUUCCUAUGUGGACUCUUGGGGGGUAUCGCUUGAGUAUGCCAUCACCUUGUGGGCUAAAAGCAAUGACGAGGAUACUGUAUUGGACGAGGAAAGAAAACAGUGGAGGGAGAAGCGAAAUUCUUUACGUCAUGAAAUAGAGCAUCAGUUCCUGAAACUCAAGUAUGAUGCUCAGCUGGCAUGGACCAAGACUCGCGGUCAAAUCAGAAAGCUUGAUGAGUACAAUAAUGCAAAAACCAAAUCUGCUCUGGAGAACUGGCCGACGAAAGAUAUCCCAUUCUCGAGCAUAGAGACUGCUGGAGAUACAAAUACAGAAGCCGAAGAGACUAGGCCGUCGGACAUGAAGGAAGAACAUGGGGACGCACCAGCGAAGAAAAAGGCGAGGCUCGACGCUGCUGGUGGUAAUAGCCCCAGGUUGGGUUUGAAAGGAUCCGGCACGAUCUCGUUCCCCAUCGACCUGACGAUAUGA